AUGAAGUCGAUUGGACUAUGGUUGCUGUUGGCAGUAGUGUUGUUGGUGAUAGCUACUGAAGUUGACGCAAGGAAAGGGAAAAAACCCAAAAAUAUUAAGAUUAAAAUUGUUAUUAAAUACAAGAAGAAACCACGUGGACGGCGCUCUAUUGAAGAUACAUUGUCACUUCCAUGUGACGUCAGGGAGUAUGACAAAGACCAGGACGGAAUCAUCGGCAAAAAUGAAUGGGAGUCUUUCAUAUCAGAGUAUAACCCGACGUUAAACUCUGCUGAAUAUAUGGAUCUUGUCAUUCAGCAGCUCGAUGCAAAUAGAGACCGAGUUCUGCAAAUCGAAGAGUUUGUUUCAGAUACUGAAUACAAGAAGGAUUGUUUGUAA